AUGGACACCGCCGCCGCCAACGCACCACUCGAUCCCACCGCGAACAUGAGCCUUUUCGGCAAUCUGGGCGGCAACCAGCCCGCGUCCAGCGCGCCCAAGUCUUUGUUUGGCAACCUUCCCACCGCAUCGACGGCCAGCACGCCCAGCUUGUUCUCAGGCUUGGGUGCCUCGACGAGCACUCCAGCAGGCUCGUCGACAACGACAGCUCCCGGUGGAUCUGGGCUGUUCUCCGGCCUCGGGGGAGGAGCUUCGUCAGCCGCGCCUACGCCUUCGCUGUUCCCCUCGCUUGGAGGCGCAUCAUCGCAACCGCAAUCGACGGGCUUAUUCGCGACCAAGCCCGCUGACCAGGCGCAGCAGCCGCCGUCGACAAAUCCGUUUGCUAGCAAUCGCCUUUCCACCACAGGCAAUGCACCCAGCGCGGCCGGCACGCAACCAUCAGCUUCGACGGGUGCCUUCGGCAGCAAUCGCUUUGGCAGCACGGCCAAUGCGCAGCAGACAGGUGGUCUUGGACAAUCGACCCUAUUCGGUGCCUCGUCCGCGCAGCCACAAGACCAGCAACAGCAGGCAGGUGGUCCUCUGUCACAGUCAAGCGCAGGCACCUCAGCACACUUCGACCACCUCCUCGAGAGAAGCCGCAAACGUAAUGCUGGCGAAAACGGCUUCGGCGGUUUUGGUGAGCUGCCUACAUUGCAGCUGGGACUGGGAGACAUUGCACGCAAGGUGCGAAAUCUUGGUCAAGGGGGACCUUCGGCGAACCAGGCGCAAGAUCGUACAGCGCAUUAUCUGCUCUCCGCUUCGGGCGUGAAGUUGGGCAGUACCCUCCGCGACCUCAACCAAUUCUCGACCCAAGCUGGCGUCAGUGCCACAGCACCUGUCUCCAAUCUGAUGGAUACAGAUGUUGACAGCUACAUCGCAAACCUACACUCACAAUCCACCCUGGCCCUGAUUCAGGAAGGUCUCGAGCAGUCUAAACGUGACUUCGAUGCUUUCCUAGAAGAUAAUGUUCAGAUCGAGUGGGACAAGCAACGGCAGAGAGUUUACGAGCACUUCGGUCUCGGCAGGCAAAGCGAGGAAUUGGCGGCCUCUCAAGCUACGUUUGCUGGAGGGGCCACCCGAGGCGCGUUCGGACGGUCUACACGCAAGGGCCGUUCCAUGGGUGCCAAUUCGGUGAAUGGCGCAUCGUUUGCCGCUGCGACUGGCCCACCCGUUAUUGGAUCUGUCAUGUCACCCUCCCAGAAGAGCACAAUUAAAGGUGACUCUUCAGACAAGUCGAUACUGGCUGGGCAGACUGGUUUCGGGGACCGCCACACCCGUGAAAAACAGGAAAAGUUCAUGGGAGUCAUCAAGAGACUCAACAUCAGCAGACAAACAGAGCAGACUUUUCCCAUUCUUGAGGAAUUUGGAAAGAUCGAACAAGACGCAGAGGGCGAAAACUCUGACCAUUUUGUCCAAGCUUAUCGAGCGCUUUCUUCCAUCGUCACCACCGAUCCAUCGAAACCGGAAACACCCUUGACGCCGAAAGAGCGCUGCUUCCGUGCAGAAUACUUGAACGACCAAGCAAACGCAUUAGCUAGCGUUCAAAAUCGCAAGCGAGUCCUUAACGGCUCUCGCACGUAUCUGGAAAAGAAGUUCUUGGAACAUGUUCAGGAUGUCCUCAAGCGAAACGCUGCGGACGCGCGACCGGGCGGUGAACCUACCAUGGUCAGCAAGAUCCGUGGCUUUGUUAGGGCCAAGAUAGCCCAGAAAGAAUUAGGCGCGGAAAUCGAACAUUUGCAGAAGAUUGGUGGUGACAGCGACGACUACCCUUGGGUCGUUCUGUUCUAUCUUCUCCGAGGUGGCCUGGUCAUGGACGCUGCCGCAUAUGUUCGCGAAAGGCGGAAUUUCUUCCAGAAUACCGACAGGAAUUUCCAACCUGCAGUGGACCAAUAUGCACAGAGUCCAGACCGCCGUCUAGAGCCUGACAUGCAGCAGAAGAUCACCCACGUCCAUUCCCAGCGGCAACGCAUAGCUCCGUCCAACGAUCCUUACCGCAUGGCUUGUUAUAAGAUCAUCGGCCGUUGCGAACUGACUCGAAAAAGUCUUGAUUCGAUCAACCAGGGUAUGGAAGACUGGGUAUGGCUGCAAUUUAAUCUUGCACGGGAGAGCAACCGAGCAGAAGAAUCCGCCAUGGAGGCCUAUGGACUUGAGGAGAUACGGCAGACGGUUACUGACAUUGGCAAACGCCACUUCAUGAACGACGAUUCCGAAGCCGCUGGCGGACAUGGCGUAUACUUCUGGCUCGCCAUUCUUGCCGGCAUGUUUGAGUCAGCGGUCAGCUUUCUUUACCAGCACAACUACAUUACUGCGGUGCAUUUCGCAAUCGCUCUGGACUACUAUGGACUCUUGCGAGUCUCAAACUUCAACGAGGCAGGCGUGGAAAUUCUUACUUACACUCAACAGCAACGACCCCAGUUCAAUUUUGCCUGGGUGGUUGGUCGGUAUACUGCCGAUUUUAGAGCUGCCAGGGCCGAUGCUGCUGCUGAAUAUUUGAUCUUGAUCUGUUUGAACUCAGAUCUCCCCAGCGGGGCGGGCAAACAGCAAGCCGAUGUGUGCCACGAGGCUUUGCGUGAGCUUGUCCUGGAGACACGAGAAUUUGCGACGCUUCUUGGAGAUGUUAGAUCUAACGGACACGCCACUGACGGGCUCAUCAAGGACCGCAUAAAGCUCAUCAAAUUGACUGAUGACGAUGCGCUGGUCAACUCUAUCACCAGCCUGGCAGCAAGGAAAGCUGACGAAGCUGGUCGCACCAACGAUGCUGUACUGCUCAACCAUCUCGCUGAACAGUAUGAGAAUGUUGUUUCGAUCUUGUGCCGUGCCCUUUCCGAGGCUCUCUCUGUCGAGAUCGGUCAGACACCGCUGCGUCUUGAACCGUUGAAGCCGCGACUUCCCGCUAUGGAGCAACAGCAGGUUCAGGAUAUGGGCUCGAGUCUGAGUCUACUUGGCACUGACGACCCUGUCGAGCUUACACGCAGGGUGUCGGAGAUGUAUGACCGCGACCAGCUAUGGCACAGGAACAUCUCGCAGUCUAGCCGCCAGACUCUGGAGAUCUUGUUCAUGCUUAACCGGGCGAAGUCUGUGAUUGAAGCUCAGCAAUAUACGCAAGCUCUGGACAUCAUACAAAGCCUACGCAUUCUUCCUCUCGAUUCCAAGGGCAGCCUCUCCGACAUCCGCGCCUUUGCCAACAACUUUUCGGCCUUCGCUCCAGAGAUUGCCCGCAACAUUGGCAAUGUGUUGCUUUGGUCUAUCGGUUGCUGCUCGAAAUAUCGCGAAGUGCUGCUCAAAGGCACUUACGAGGAUCCCACACGGCAAGCUCUGGCAGGGGAAUUGGCACAGAAAGCAAAGGAUCUCAUGGUCUUUGCAGGUCUGAUCAGGUACAAGUUGCCUCCGAGGGUGUUUGAGAGAUUAGCACGGGAGGGUGGAGACGGUUAUUAG